AUGAUUGCAGCUGUAGAAUUAGUCAUCAAUCAGACAGAAGCAACAGAGGAGACAAAGGACUUUAUCCGACACCAGGUAUCGUCCCUCCUGAUGGCUCAUCAACCACGGGAAGUACUCACUAAGAUCGAACGGAUUGCAUUAAGAGCACUCAAGGCGGACCGGCACAUCGUCAUCGUACAAGCCGACAAGGGACGUUCUACGGUCAUAAUGGAUAGAACCGACUACCUUCAAAGGCGAAGAAUUCACUGGAGGAUCGCCAGUUUUAUGUUCCUUGUGAAACUAAUCCCAUCAAAAGGAUGA